AUGGAUCCGGCUGCGUCCUGGAAUCGAACUCCUGGGGUUCCUGUUCCUGGCAACGCGUCGCAGGCUCGCGAGGGAAAUGUGCAGACAGUUCCUUCAGUCCCCUCGGGGAAUCCUGCUGUCUCGACACCGCCAGCGAUGCAGAGGAACGGGGCGUUUCCUUCCUCUGUAGUGAAGCGCGAGACACGCCCUCCCGCGGUUUCUUCUUUUCAAGGCUCUCCAGACCAGGCAAAGCCAGGCGAGCAGCCCUGGUUUGCCAGGCCCGCAAACAACCAGUUUUCAGCGCAGCACUCUUCUUCAACCUCUUCUUAUCCUCCUUCCUCGUACCCUCCCUCUUCUUAUCCCCCCCCUUCUUAUCCUCCUUCCUCGUAUCCUCCCUCUUCUUAUCCUCCUUCCUCGUAUCCAGCCUCCUCUGCGGCGAACAGAAGCACACCGGGGCAAGCGGCAGAGGCGGCCGUGCAAAGAGCAGAGGAAACGCAUGCAGGAAAGAGCCUGAAAGAGCACCAAGAGUUCCUUCUGCAGAAACAGUUGCAGGCUGAGAGACAGAGAGAAACUGGCGAGAAAGAGCGAGGUUUUGGUGCCACACAACCGCCAACGAUCCAGGAGGGAUGGCGAGAAAAGCCCAGCGGACCCCCAGGACUCAGUUUCUACACACAAAGCGCGCAGGGACAGCAUCCACAUCGACCAGGCCUCGCUCCGCCAGACGGCGCGUCUGGAUCGCAUGCAGGUGCUUUCCCGCAUCCGGUGGCGGUGCCGGGGCCUGCCUUUGUCCCCUCUCACGGCUCGGCGCCUUCGGCUGCUGUCUCCUCGCUCUCUUCUCUCGGUCUGAGUGGCUGCAUGACUGGCAGCCCCGACGCGCGAGAGCCUCCGAGCUUCCUUGGCCGCCUCUUCUCUUUCGGCUCCAGUUCGAGCGGAGCCCGGGAGCAGCGCGUGCAGCUGCAGACAGGCUGUUCAGCCGGGACGGAGAGAGACGGGAGCGACGAAAUCGGCGACGAGCCGCCUCUCCUGGAAGAACUGGGGAUUCACCCCGACGAGGUCGUCCAGCGAUUUAAAUCCGUCGUUUUCUUCUACAAAGUCGAGCACGACCUCCUCGUCCACUCCGACAUGUGCGGACCCCUCGUCGUCGCCGUGACUCUCGCGUUUCUUCUUCUUAUGUCAGGAAAAGCUUCCUUUAGCCACAUUUACGGCCUCUCGAUCGUCGGCAGCUUAUGCACUUACGUGCUCCUCAACCUCAUGAGUCCCAAUGAAGGGAUCGACCUCUACAGCACCAUCAGCAUUCUCGGCUACAGCCUCCUACCCGUCGUCUUGUUUGCCCUCGCCUCCAUCUUCAUCUCCCUCAAAACGUCCGUCGGUCUCAUAUUCUCCGUCUUGUGCGUCCUCUGGUGCACAGCCACUGCCUCAAGAUUCUUCGAAUCCGCUCUCCACAUGCACGACCAGAGGUUCCUGGUGGCGUAUCCUAUAUCUCUCUUCUACGCCUCCUUUGUGGUUAUCGCUGUACUCUGA